UGAAAUGUUGGAAAAGAAAAAAGAGCAUGCUAAUGGUGGAAGUAGUGGAUUUGAUAAUGAAGAAAUUUGUUGUUGAGACAAAGGAAUAGACUGUUGAUGAUGGAUCUAUAAAUUUCAACUAUGGAAGAAAAAAGCGAAUCAUUGGCAAUAUUUACAAUUUGGAUGAAGUCAAUUCUACUAGAGGAAAAUGAUGUUUAACAUUUACAAACAUAUUAAAAUUAUAGUUUUGUUUCAAUGAAAUGCAUGAGAGUAGGGAAAAACUAUUGAUGGUGAAAAUGAAUCCACGCGGGAAAGAUAAUGUUUUUUCAUGGUGGAAUAACCACAAAAAAGUUUAAAAUAAAUGUGUAGUUCUUUCUAGGCUUAAUACACUUGUAUAUCCAAAACUUUCACGGUUGUGCCAAUAAUAUCCAAAUUUCCCGGAAUACCACUUAUAUCCAUGUUUUAAAGUUGUUCUUUGCCAAAUCUGUCCAUUUUCCAAUAUAUUUUUGGUUAAAUACAAUUGUAUAUCCAAAAACACCGUUAAAGAAUGUGAAGGAAUUGGAUAUAAGUGGUAUUUCGGGAAAUUUGGAUAUUAUUGGCACUAUCGUGAAAGUUUUGGAUAUACAAGUGCAUUUAACCUUCUUUCUAACAACGAGAAGUAAACUUAAGUGUGUUUUGAUUAAUAUUUUUGAAAACAUGUUCCUUGCAUGAGUUGUGUUUUACAAUUUUGAUAUGGACUUCUGUCCAUGAUUGAACAAUGUAUCAACACAAAUUCUAAUCUAUGUUCAGUAGUGAGAUAAUUUGGAUUCCUUCAUGUCAGCGAAUAAAAAUGUAACAUCAUUCAGACAACAUGUUUAUACCAUUUAUGUAAUUCAUCCAUACAACGGACGGACCAAAAUCUAGUUCUAAGAGCAAAUAUGUAGGUUGCAUCUACGUUGGGUUUCAACGGGCCUCCGCCUCCAAAUUUUUUGAAAAUCAUAUAUAUAUAUAUAUAUAUAUGGUUAUGUCUUCGGUGCACUCACUUUUUUGGGUGCAUUCAAUGCACCCGCCUCAUAAUCGUCAUUCUGAGCAGACGAUUCAUGUGAAAACGAUGUCAAUCAUCCCUUGUAGUAUGAUGAACAAGAACCACAUGAAUUUGUACAAAAAUCAAUCAAGGUUCACUUUAAUUUGAAUGAUUCAGGGUUUAGGAAUUUAGGGUUAGGGUUAGGGUUUACAAUUUGGGAUUUUGGGUUUAGAUUCAAAAUUGAAUGUUAAUAGGUUAGGGUAAUGGGUUGAUUAGUUGUGAUUUUAUGUUAUAUCAUCAUAUGAGACUAAUGCUACCCAUUAAAUUUCAAAAUUUGAUGUAUUAUGACCACUUUUAGAGGUGGGUGCACUGAAUGCACCCAAAAAAGUGAGUGCACCGAAGUAGCCACCAUAUAUAUAUAUAUUAGUAAUUAUGAAAAUUACAUAUAAAUCAAAUAUAAAAUAAAAUAUUUUCAUGUAUUAGCACAUCAAAAUGUUCUUUAUUAGUCAAGAGAAAUAUGAGACAGCGAGGAUAUGGAUUCAAUAUUCAUUCUAAGUUUACCUUUUGCUUAAAAAGGUGAUAUAAUCACUUAAAUUUUAUGCUUUAAUCUUUUAGACAGUCUAACUUCAAAUUAAAUCACUUAAGUUAUUCAACUACCAAAUGCAUAUUUUCAAGGAUAAUUUUCAACUACUAAUAUGUUUAUUUUUUGGGAGUCAAUUUAGUGAAUUUAAAUUUAAAACUAGAUCAAUUAAGUUUUUUCAUCAUUCCAAUUUUUAUAUUUUUAAGGUAAUUGUGCUUAUACGAUGAAUAAACAAUUUUUUUCAAAUACAAAUAUUCACAGACAUUCAUCUUUUCAGUUGUGAAAAUAAAAUAGCAAUAUGACAUGCUACAAAUUUUUGUUGAUAUUUUAAUAAUUUAUGCUGAAUAUAUAUUAUGAUAGAAAUCUUUAGCUUAUAUUCUAUUUUAGUAAUUCUAAUUAUCUAACUAAAUAAAUUGUUUAUUUUUUCAUCAAACAUCAUUUAUUUUUAUAUUAUGUUAUUAUUGUUUUUUUUUUUUUGUCUUCUACUGUAUUACACAUUUAUGAAAUUUCCUGCUCUGGUUCUAAACCUAUGAAUAAUGGAACAACCCCAUAAAUUCAUAAAUAAGAACAAGAAACAUUCAAAAACAGUAAACGUCCCACUCCCAAGGCCCUCGCCACCUUAUUCUCGACCCGCUUUUCUUUCCCCAUUGUUCUGAAAUCCUCUCAAACCUCCUUCUCCUUCUUAAUAUUCUUUUCCAAUGUAUGUAUUGCUCUCUUCUUCUUUUUCUUUUCUUUUUCUUCAGGUUGUGCAUCUAUGAUACGAAGCGACAGCGAUAAGCACCUCCAGGCACCACCACCGUCUCCCAUUCCAACUGGAAAAGGUUCUCGCUCUGCUGCCAACUCCAUCUUUACCAACUACCUCCACCACUCCCUCCAAGUCCCCGACCUGUCCGAAGUCCCUGAUCCCAUGACUACUCUAUCUUCUUCUAAUAAUGUGACGAUGUCGGCGCCUGAGCCCAAUCCAUACCCUCACGAGCCACAAGAAAUCAGCCUCCCGUCCAUAGAGUCUCGUGACGCUGUCGUCGUGGAUCGCCUCCUCAAAGCUGCAAGGAAGUUUGGCACCUUCACCAUCACCGACCAUGGCAUCUCCAUCGAGGUACUUCGAUCACUCGUCCAGAAUGCCGAGCGUGUUUUCCAGGUUCUGGAGGAUACUGAUAUGGGCCACCCGCCUCGUAACUUUGCCAAGCUCCGCGAGUACAAGGAGCAGAUCGAGUGGGUCCGCUCUGGUGAGGAGCGCAUGGAGUGGGCCCGCGGCUGGGUCGGCCGCGACGGUUCUCGCCACUUUGGGGAAGAGAUGGAGAAGAUAGCGACAAAGCUGGAUGCGAUCGCGAAGCUGAUAUGUGAAGUGUUCUCAGAGAACUGGACAAAGAGGCAGUUCGGGAGGAGGUUUGAGGAGAAAGAUUCGAUUGUGCGACUAUAUAGAUACAACCGCGCUAGUAACGAGAGCCACGUGGAGUUGGAAUUCUCUCCUUCCAUGCCGAUCCUCACGCUAUUGUCGUCUCCGUUGGACGUCGCUUGCAGGAGUGGAGCCUAGGAGAUUUCAAGUGUAUCUCAGGUGAAGUAGUAUGUUCGCCGCAGCUAGAAGGAGGAAAACCCUCCUACUCCGUGGAGCUAAAGUGUUUGUCACUAAAUUUUGAUGUGAAUCGAUCUAAAAAGAAGAGUCUCUUUACGAUCUCCGUGAGGAAUCAAAUAAUUAUAGGGAUAGGGCUUGCUCUUCUAUAUAAACUUGUGGUUUAUGUGUAUACAACAUGGGAAGCUUAUAAACUUCAAAAUCUAUGAUAAAUUUUUUGGGGUUGUUUAGGGUUAUUUUUUUCUUUUAAGUGUACCCUUCUUAUUUCUUUUUCAGCUAAUGACAAGCAAUAGAAUUUUUUUUUUUUCCGUCUCCAUUGGAAUUGAAAUCUAAGCUCAAGUUUUGUAUAGUUAUAUUACAUUUAAUCAACAAGCAAUCUUCGAUUACGAUUUUCUCCUGCUCGAGUCCCUCAACAAAAAGAUUUCUUAAUUAAACAUCUCUCAACAUCAAUUGCUUUUCAAACCAUGUUCUUUCUAUUGAUUUGUUGUUAUUUCAUUGUUUAAGCGAAGGUGAAAUAUGAAACUAAGCUCUCUUUCAGUCAAACUUUCUCUCUAAAUAACUAGAUUCAGACCCGGCCCGUUGGCCGGAUACAUUUUAUUAAUUUAUAAACAACAAUAAUAACUAUAUAAAGUAAGAUAUCUUUUUCUUGGUACUGUGCAAUGAUGCAAAAGAACCACACUUUAUUUAACUACUUUGGAUUACAAAUUAUUGCAAAAGUGUUCUUAGACUUUGUUUCAUUUCAGUUGUCCUCUUGUCGCAUUGAAAUUUGAUAAUGAUAAUUAUUAUACUUUAGAAUUUAUAGUCUUCUCUUUUUUAUGAUAAUAGCAAAUUUUCUCUCAGAGUUCAUUCUUUUCAUGUUUAAGUAAAUAGUAUAAUUAAAAGAUACCAAUUUAACAAAGUAAUAUAUUUUCUUAUUUACGACCAUAAAAUAAUAUGAAAUAUUCAAAUUAUUUGAAAAUUGAUAAAAUGAGAUACACCAUAGAGUUUUCCAACAAUUAUACCGAGUGAUCUAUGAAGUUCCUUAUUGAAAUGAAAACCAAGAAUAAAGCAAGGAAUCUAAAUUCUAAGAAACCUAAUUUAAUUACACUUCAUUUCAUUUUACUAUGUUUUGUCAAACAUUAGAGCAAUUUUCUUUUGACUUCUUUACCAUUGGCCCAACAUCAACAUGUUACUCUCUCAACCAUUAACAACAUAAACUAUCUUCAUCACCUACCUAUACUAUCUUCACUGCUAAUUGUCUCUUCUUUCUUCUUAACAACGUCGUUAUCCAUAUCAGUGACUCCACUGCUUCAUUUCAUUGGCAGCAAAUUUGAAGGCAAAAGUUGUGCAAACAUGAAACAUCAUUAUCAUGCAAAAUAUCUUUAGAGAAGAGCAAUCUAUGACGGGCAAUUUAUCAUGACUAAAACAUGGAUUUUGCAUCCCAUAGAUGUUGUUCCAUCCUUUGAAACUUACUACAAUUAGAAGCCUUCAAUUCGAGGAACUAAAUGUUGUAAACACAUUCAUAAUUAAGAAAGAAUUAUGAUGUUGGGCAUAUUCACAAUAAUGUCGGACAGAAUGGUAACUUUGACCUAAUCUAUUUUACAUAAUCUAUUUUAUCUAUUUAAAGUGGGUAAUACCCCCUCCAUAAGCGGGACAGGACGGACAUGAGUAUAAUUUUACUUAAGUCACAUUUAAUUUUAUUUUUAUUGCCUCAUAUGUUGCAACAAUAAAGUUGUAAAUAAGUG